UUCCCUUUGAUUCAAGCAAAAAUCCGAUUGAAUCAAGAGUAUUUUUUCUUGUCAAUGUUUUCAAGUGUCUGGACUCUAGAUCCAACGUAUUUUUUUCCAGUGUUGAAUGAAAUGAUCGCGUUUAGAAUCUAUUUAGCACAACACGAGCAACACUAGGGAUCAAACUUUAUAACAGCGCAGUUCUUCCGGUUGUUCUAGCUUUUCGAUGGACCUCCCCGUCGACGCCGCCUUCACAAAGGCACUCCCCAAAGCCGAACUGCACGCUCAUCUAACAGGCAGCAUUAGUCCAGCGUGCCUCCAUGAAAUCUGGAAAACCAAAGCUCGAUUCGAUCUCGAAGAUCCUUUAACAGCCUGUCGGCCUAAAAACGCCCAUCAUGAUAUCCUCUCUUUUUUCAAGCUUUUCGAUACCUAUAUUUACAAUCUCUGCAAUGACCGAUCCACCGUCGCUUACACUACAGCCGAGGUACUUAAAGCGUUCGAAGAAGAUGGGGUGCGCUAUUUGGAACUCCGCACGACACCUCGAGAGUCAACAGUAACCGGUCUCACCAAGGAAAUCUACAUCGAGACUGUACUCGAUGUCAUCAAUCAGCACAGCAGCGAAGUCAUGUCAACGUAUCUUAUCCUAUCCAUCGAUCGUCGCAACUCCCUGGAGCAAGCUAUGGAAAUCGUCCACCUCGCGAUCAAAUAUCGAGACCGUGGUAUCAUCGGUAUUGACCUAUGCGGUGAUCCCCUCAAAGGUGACAUCUCCAUCUUCAAACCAGCGUUCGCUCUUGCGAAAGACAAAGAGUUGAAGAUCACGAUACAUUUCGCGGAAGUGCCAGAGUCAAGCACGGAUACCGAGCUUCGUACUUUGCUCUCAUACGAGCCAGAUAGGCUAGGUCAUGUUAUUAAUGUUGCCCCGGAUAUCGAAGCCAUCAUUGAGGAGCGGAAGAUCGGGCUGGAGCUUUGCCUCUCUUGUAAUGUGCACGCUAAGCUGAUCGAAGGCGGGUUUGCGAACCACCACUUUCAAAAGUGGUACCGGCGGGGCUGUCCCAUCGCGCUGUGCACGGACGAUGUUGGCGUCUUUGGAAGUCCGUUGUCUAAUGAAUAUCUACUUGUUUCGCGGUACUUCGGUUGUAGUCGACGGGAUCUCAUAGAAUUGAGCAGGAAAUCCUCGCAGAUGAUGUUUUCUGGUGAGUUUGAACGAGAGCGUCUCGGCAAACUUAUCGAUAGAUUCCAAGAAUCGAUCGAGCACCC